AUGUUUAAGAUAAUUGCUAAUUCAGAAUUAGAAACACCAGGAAAUGGUUAUAGUCAAGCAAUCGAUAUAUCCACUCAAACUGAUCAAAAUAUUUUCCGUUGUUUGUUUCAAAAAGGUUUCACGGUUGCAUUUAUUCGAGCCUAUCAGGCAAACGGAAAUGGCGGUGCGGACAGCAAUUGUAUUGCUAAUAUCUACAAUGCUGUUAAUGAAGGAUUAGGUGUUGAAAUUUAUGUAGAACCACAACCUCGUGCUACAAAAUCCGGGACUGAACAAUUUAUGGAAGUAUACAAUUUCCUAACAAACAAUAAUAUUGCAGUGAAAGCUAUUUGGAUCAAACUAACGACACCAAUCAUUUGGCCUAAUAAUCAAGUUGUUAAUGUUAAUUUUAUCAAUGAUUUUAUUAUGUGUGCAUGGAGACAUGGUCUUAUAAUAGGUAUUUAUACUAAUUGGUAUGAUUGGAAACAGAUAGCAGCUGGACAGCUAACAUCCAAUCAGGGACAAAUUCGUCUUUGGUAUUGGAAUACGUUGGGUUCAGGUUGGGAAGCUGCCACAUCACCGAUGUUUGAUGAUUUCCGUCCUUUUGCUGGAUUUAGCAAGCCAGCAGUGAAACAAUAUGUUCAAAACAUAUAUGUUUGUGGGAUAUGCACUUCCUUAAAUAUUUACGUCAAUAAAAUAGCAAUGAAAGCUUUUUUACCUGUUAAUAUGAGACGGCUAAAAAUGGCUAAUGCUACAGUUGGCAUGUUAUCGAUAAUGACUAAAUUUUCGAAAAACAAAUUAGAAAAUGAAAAUAAAAAAAAAACCGAUGAAAAAUCAAAAUAA